AUGGUCGUGCCAAGACCAGGGAUUGCGAGUACUACUCAACUCGCGACCACUCAACUCCACCACCGCAGCCUCCACACCAAGAAGUGCGUCGAGGUUGGGUUUGCCUACUGUCCCCCGAACGUGUCACUCACGUCGCUAAUCAAAACCAACAAACUUCCAGACGUGACGUCCAUCGCUGGCUUUCAGUCGAUGCAGCUGCACCAUGUCUCACAAGUUACAACACUUCUCAACACUGACCACGCCAAAUUUGACUUGUCCCUCCACUGGACGGAGGCGUCCGUCGCCCACUGGCUCCUUCCCCGGUCGAACGUCGUGGAUGCCUUCGUUGUAGUCGACGUCGGCACGAACCGUGUCACAGACUUUUGCUCGUACUACCACGUUCCCAUGUCCGUGCUCAACCAUCCCCAGCACACGACCAUCUACACGGCGCAGUCUUUCUACAACGUGGCGACGUCUGUGCCGUUGCCCGACCUUGUGCGGGAUCUGAUGGUCAAGGCCAAAGCGAACAACAUGGACAUUUUCAGUGCCGCAGACAUCAUGAACAUGGACGAGGUGUUGGCCCCCCUCGGGUUUGAAGCUGGGGGCGGACACUUGCACUACUACUUGUUCAAUUGGCGUUGCCCGCAGAUGACUCGACGCAACAUCGGGUUGGAUGGUCAACGAGCUAUCGAUUGA